AAUUGCCAUUUUUGUCCCCUUGUUCUACUAACAGAACUCAACUUCAAAUAACCUCUUUAUUUUUAUAGUUAUCAAAGGGAUAAAUUAAAUUUCCAAAUUGCUUAGUAGGCAAAGCUUCAACCUUUAUCAGAAUGCACAACUCACAACCAAAUUAAUAUUAAUAAAUGUAUUAAAUUGCAACAAUAUACAAUGUAAAAUCUAAAGAUGAAGGUUCAAACUACCAUAACAAAUACCAGGUGUUACACGGACAGGAUACAGUCACAAAAGAAACAAAAGCAAAUGCCGAACCACAGCUUGUUUCUCCCAAGUUAGUCCCAAGUAAUCCAUGAUCAAAGUUCAAAAAACCAAAAGACAGGUGAAUAUUGUAUAAAAAGCCCUACUUUAUGUAGCUGUAAGAAGGGAGAAACACCCCCUCUUCUCCAAGCCUAUGCGUACUUAUGAUCAGGGGAGCAUGGCUGAGCUGACUGGGUGAGGUGUGGAAGGGUGGAGGUUUGGGAGAGGGGUCAGAAGGAGUGGCUUAUCUGAAAGUUGACAAAUUUACUUAUAAAAGUUGUCUUAUGUUGUUGGAACCAGGGCUUGAGCAAAAGAUUCAUGCUUUUAUCCUCUUUAUAAUGAGACCAAACAUGAAUAUGUGAGAGGUAAUCCAGCUCAGCUAUUGAGUACCUCAGAUAAAUGUACUUCUGCUUCUAACAACAGAGGUAGACAAAUAAUUGUAAAAUCCAGCCUAGUAGUAAUCUCCACCUUCAGGCAAAUAUUUUCCAUAUAACAAAAGCAAAAUCGCACUGUUGGCUUUCGUUUGAGACUGGAACUGAUUCUAAAAAUGUGGAUUUAAACUUUCAGGCCUCAACAACCAUUAUUUUAUAUUAACAUUACGAUGUCCAUUCAACGAUUUCAAUUAAAUGUCACAGAUUACAUUUAAACUUAAAAUCAAAAAGGACUAUGGCUGUGGUCUGUGGUCAUACUGUGUUUCACCCAGAAGGUCAUAAAGUAAUAAAACUUUCAAAGAAGAGAAAAUUCCAGGACACCCCAGAUUUGUAUACAUUUGCAAGACCCUCAGUAUUAUGACUCUAAUUGCCCCAAGGAUGUUUCCUUUGAAGUCUGUGGAGGGGACCGCAGGGAUAGAGAGAGAGCAUUCCCUUGAUCAAAACAGACCAAGCUACUCAAUCACAAGUGACACUGCCUGGGCUAUGAGCAAGUGUGCCAGAUCAAAUUAUAUUGUCUGUUUCUCAAAGGUGAUAAUCUAAAAAGUAGAUAUCUAAUAGACCCAACAUGCAGAUGUAAAGGGAAAGAUGUAUUUUCAGUUUUUUGUUAAUGGAAAGUGUAGCAUUUACAUCAGUGGGUAAGAAGGAGAUUGAAAAAAGCAUUAUUGCAUCAAAAUGCAUGAUUGCUUAUGCUUAUGUAUAACUAUGGUCCAUAUCUUGUUUGGUUGACCAGUCAGUCUGAAACUUUGAGGUUUGAAACUCCAAGUGCUCUGUUGUAUAAAAUAAAAUUGCACUGGUGAAAAUUUACCAUUUACAAACUUUCUUAUCUAAACACUCAUCCGCGGUUACUCUGCUAAUGAUAUAUGGACGGAAAUGUAACACAGGAAACAGACGUGUAGAGUAGGAUACACAUGGCUUGAGUUAUCCCAACGUUCUAUCUUUUUUCUUUAUUUUGUUCGAAGGUACCUUCAGUCAUAAUGGUCAGGAACAUCUGACUGGAGUUUGAGUGGCUGUGACACAGGAUGAAGUCAGGUUUGACUUACCUACCACAUGGUGGCCCCAAAGUGCAAGAAAUAUCUGUAUCCAUUACAGUGACAUCUAGUGGCCUUAGAUGCAUAUUCAAGUUAUUGAGAAUGAGAGAUGUUUUAAUUUCCCCUUAAGUAAGUAGUCAGAAAUACAUAGUACCAGACCACAUAAUGUUCCUAACAGAGCUACAUUUAAUUCUGGUUAAUGGAGAAAAGUUUUUAACAAUGAUAAAAAGGUGUUUAUCUAAAGAAACCCAAUCUCAGGACUAGAUAGAAUCCAAACCUCCCCCACCUCAGUCACUGCUUGGUUCUUGAGAUGGAACUGAGUUCUACAGAUAUAGGUCUCAAAUUCUGGCCGCUCAAUUCAAAGUGCAGACAAGCCACAACAGCAAAAGGCCCGGCCCCUUACUGUGGUUAGGUUCACACAAAUUUAAAAAUAAAUUUAAACUUACAAAUAAUAAAGUAAAUACAUAUCAAAAUGUGUAAUGUUGUUGGGCUGUCAGAGGUCUGUGUAAAUUGUUUUUGUGUGAUGUCUUGCUUGUAAGCAACAUCCAACAACACACAAAGAGAACACUUCAAAAGAUCAGAUUAACUGCUACCAAUAAUAGUACCCCCAACUCUUAAACAUUUCAGAUAAUCACUUACAGAAAGGCAGCAGUAUACUAAAAUAUAAUAUAGAGAUCAGCCUUGCUAAGGGUUAAGCUUACUUGUCCAUUUUUGUCAUUGACAAUCCCCUAUUUCUCAAUGCAACUUCCUCUUUCUGCUGAAGAAUAACAGAGCACAGACUACAGUGACACAAAAUAUGUAAAGAGAAGUACUGGACGGAGCACUAGCAGCAGUUGUCAGAAAUGGCAGCAUCUACAGUCUCCAAAGAUUCAGAGGGUAUAUACACUGACCUGGCCUCUCCAUACCAAGAUGUGUACAGCACACUGGGCCAGACCUCACUCAACAGCCCAGGAGCUCAGCACACAGAGAAAAGUGGACAAAGCCCAUAUCCCUACAGACUGGCUGCAGUGUGUCUGGGGCUGCUGUGUGCUCUCUUAUUGGCUGCAACAUUAGUCCUGUGUGUCCUCUAAACAGAUGCGGUGCAUUAAAACCAGUAGCAAUGGACCCUUGCAAGAGACCACCAGCCACUGUGUCCAUUGGCCCUCCUUUCACACCAUCAAACAAACACAUUUAAACUAACCAGGACCAAUCACACAAGGACACCUACACACACUGAACAUAAACACCUGACAAUGGAGAAUGGGUUUAAUAGGAUAAGAUGAGGUUCCAAUCACCAAUGCACUGGCAUGACCAAUAAAUAUUUAUUGCAUUAGGGUGAUGAAUGAAUGAAUGAACAUAAGGGUACCCUUAAUACCUCCUCCAAUACAGCCAACACGUAUUCCAAACACAUACAAUAACCCAUUAAUAAACAAACAUAAAAAUACCAUAAACGUGACACCCAUUCAGUCCUGGCUACUCCCUCCCCUAAGCCAGGGGGUACCUACCAGGACAUUGGUGAUUUUACAUUACGAUUAAUAUGCAGUGAGUUUCAUGAUAUUGCUUUUGGCCAAUUCCCUCCAUUUUAAACUAGCUGUUUAUUAGCAUUCUAUUUUUUAAAUAUUAAAUAUUGAUGAGACAUGUCUAAGUUAUUAUGUAAAAUAUAAAAUGGUGGUGUUGAUGCCUUAUUAGUUUUAUUCUAAAACCAUUUCAUAUGUGCCAAGACCCUGCAUGCCAAUGUGAUUGAGAUCAAUGUCAUUGAGAUGAGUAGUGAACUUUACAUUCUGAAAUGUACAUUGCAAAAUAUAUACUGCAAUAUCAUUAUAGAGCUUAACUAAACAAAAAGAUUUUUCAUAAUCCUGUAAAAUAGGAAAUACAUGCCUUCCCUCUUUUUGCAAUAACACAAAUUCAUAUUUGAGACAACUUUUGUAAAGACUUUAUUUCCUAGUUUGCCUUUCUUCAGUCAAAAUUCACAGGUGAUGUGGUUAACCUGAUUUCCAGAGAUUAACACAGUGGUCUGUAUCAUACUGAACAGUGGUGAAAUGUAGUAAAAGUUCUUAAUUCAUGCAUUUUUUCCUAAAGAAUAUAUUUUGUCCUUGUGAGAUAUACAUCUAUGUCAGAGCUAUUCAAUGUUGGAGAGAGACCUGGAGGAGCUCAGAACCAAUAAUAGCAUGCUGAAUGAAGACCAGCUACAGAGAGAAUAUAACAGCCUGGAACAAGAGGAAGGGUGUAAACUCUGUCCACUGGGCUGGGAGCAGUUCUCCUUCAAGUGUUACUACUUCUCUACUGACAGGAAGAACUGGAUGGACAGUCGCAGUGACUGCAUUAAACGGGGAGCUGACCUGGUGAUUAUAGACAACGAAGAGGAGCAGGAGUUCACCACCAGAGACAAAGGAGCAGAAUCAUAUUGGAUUGGACUGACUAACUCAAAAACUAAUGGUACUUGGCUCUGGGUGGAUGGAACCCCUCUGCAGAGAGGAUUCUGGGGGAGUGGAGAGCCGUAUGAUCGUUAUGGAUUUGAUUGUGCCCAGACUAUGACUCGUGUCAGUAAAUGGACUGGUAAUCCCUGUGAUUAUAUUCAGCAUUGGAUCUUGAGGUGUUUGAGGUGUUUCAUUAGCCCCAAUGGGUGAGGGUGUACAUUAUUCAUCUGUGAAGUUCAAGAAGAAUUUGAGAGGAGAUGCUGCAAUAAAUCAGGAUGAAGGUGUAACCUAUUCUGAGGUGAAAACAACAAAAUCACCCUCCUCCAACACAGAGUGCCACUGUGGUACAACAGAGAGAAGUGGACAAAGCUCACAUCCCUACAGACUGGCUGCCAUGUGUCUCGGGCUGCUGUGUGCUCUCUUAUUGGCUGCCACAUCAGUCCUGUGUGUCCUCUGUACAAGACUAUCUCAGAACUAUUCAAUGUUGGAGAGAGACCUGGAGGAGCUCAGAGGCAAUAACAUCACCAUGAAUAGAGAGGAAGACCUUCAGCUUCAGAGAGACUACAGCACCCUGAAACAAGAGAAAGACCAGCUACUGAGAGACUACAGCCACCUGAAACAAGAGAAAGACCAGCUACAGAGCGACUACAACCACCUGAAACAAGAGAAAGACCAGCUACAGAGAAACUACAACAGCCUGAAUCAAGAGAAAGACCAGCUACAGAGCGACUACGACAGCCUGGAACAAGAGAAAGACCAGCUACAGAGAGACUGCAACCGCCUGGAACAAGAGAAAGACCAGGUACAGAGAGACUACAACCGCCUGGAACAAGAGAAAGACCAGGCACAGAGAAACUACAACCGCCUGAAACAAGAGAAAGACCAGCUACAGAGAGACUACAACCACCUGAAACAAGAGAAAGACCAGCUACAGAGAGACUACAACCACCUGAAACAAGAGAAAGACCGGGUACUGAGAGACCACAACAGCCUGAAACAAGAGAAAGACCAGCUACAGAGAGACUACAACCACCUGAAACAAGAGAAAGACCAAGUACAGAAAAACUACAACAGCCUGAAACGAGAGAAAGACCAGGUACAGAGAAACUACAACAGCCUGAAACAAGAGAAAGACCAGGCACAGAGAAACUACAACAGCCUGAAUCAAGAGAAAGACCAGCUACAGAGAGACUACAACCACCUGAACCAAGAGAAAGACCAGCUACAGAGAGACUACAACAGCCUGAAACAAGAGAAAGACCAGAUACAGAGAGACUACAACCACCUGAAACAAGAGAAAGACCAGCUACAGAGAGACUACAACCACCUGAAACAAGAAAACGACUAGCUACAGAGAGACUACAACCGCCUGAAACAA